AUGGUCAAAUUUUUUACUGGAUGUGUCAUGUCUGGAAAAACUAGAUUGCUUUUUGAUUUUAUUAACCUCUGCUGUAGCGAAAAUUAUUUAGUUCUAGCUCCAAAAUUAGUUGUUAAGGAAAAUGGCAAUAAAUUAACGAGUCGAGCUGUUAAGGACAAAUACAUCACUCCAGAUCUUUGUUUAACUGAAAAUGAUAGUAUUUUGAAACUAUUUAAAGAGAAACUUAAAAGAAACAAAUCUAUCCAAAUCGUCUUUUGUGACGAGAUACAGUUCUUUACGAAGCAACAGAUUGAUGACCUUUUUACGCUUGAAGAAGAUUAUGGAAUAAAGGUAGUCUGCUUUGGGAUUAAUAAAACUCAUCGAAAUGAAGAUUGGCCUACAAUUGAGUACCUUAAAAGAAGAAUCCUUGAUAUUACGACUCUUGAAGUAAAGUGUAUGAGCUGUAGGGCAAUUGCGAAUACGAAUAUACGAAGUGAUUAUAAUUUAGAAGAAGAAACAAUAAGUAUUAAUAUUAAAGAUGGAGAAGAAAAAUAUUUUCCUAUUUGCAAUGAAUGUUAUAAGAAAAAAACUCGAAAAUGGUUCUCACUCUUUUAA